AUGAAUCGCUCUGGGUUACGCACCCGCUCGGCUCCGGGCCCGGCCGCCGCGGUCGCCGCUUUGCCGGCGGAGCGGCUGGAGAGCCGGCAAAGGAGACGCGCCCGGAUGCUUCGCUUCCUCCUCCUCCUGGCCCUUUGCCUGGGCGUCGCUGGCAACGCGAUCAGCCGCUCGUCCUUUUCCGGGGAGUACGGAGGGGGCGGAGGAAAGAGAUUUUCUCACUCUGGGAACCAGCUGGAUGGGCCCAUCACCGCCAUUCGGAUCCGAGUGAACUGGCUGUUCAUCGUGGGGCUGCAGGUGCGCUACGGGUCGCAGUGGAGCGAGUACGUGGGCGGCUCCUGGGGGGACCUGGAGGAGGUCGCGCUGCACCCCGGCGAGUCCGUGGUGCAGGCGUCGGGGAAGUACAAGCGCUACCUGCGGCGGCUGGUGCUCACCACGGACCGGGGCCGCAGCUUCUCCUUCGGGAAGGACACGGGCACCAGCUUCAACGCGGCCCCGCUGCACCCCGGCACCGUCCUGCGCUUCCUGAGCGGCCGCGCCGGGGGCCUCAUCGACGCCCUGGGCUUCCACUGGGACGCGGCCCCCGGGCGCUGCCCGCGCUGCCCGCGCGGCUCGUAG